AUGCAGGAUGAAAGGAAUGCCUCUGAGAGGUAUCAAAAGAUAUCUCAGCUGGAGCAUAUCCUCAAAAGGCCAGAUACUUAUAUUGGGUCCGUGGAGAUCCAGGAUCAGCACCAAUGGGUUCAUGAUGAGACAACAGACCGAAUGGAAGAACGAGAAGUUCAUAUAGUGCCGGGACUAUUCAAGAUUUUUGAUGAGAUCUUGGUGAAUGCUGCUGAUAACAAAGUGCGGGAUCCCAGCAUGAAGAAAAUCGAGGUCACGAUCCAACCAGAAGAGAAUUUGAUCGAGGUGAAAAACGACGGUAAAGGAAUUCCUAUCGAAAUACAUGAAAAAGAGAAGAUCUACAUUCCGGAACUCAUUUUCGGACAUUUGCUAACUUCUUCAAACUACGAUGAUGACGAAAAGAAAGUGACAGGGGGUAGAAAUGGUUAUGGCGCCAAGCUUUGCAAUAUUUUUUCCAAAGAGUUUGUUCUCGAGACUGCAGACACAACGACUGGACAACGCUACGUUCAACGGUGGGAAAACAACAUGAGCGUAUGUCAUGCGCCUAAGAUCACGUCCUAUAAGAAGGGACCCUCUUUCACGAAAGUUUCCUUCAUGCCGGAUCUUGCUCGGUUCGGCAUGGAAAAAUUGGAUGAAGACGCAGUUGCUGUUAUGCGGCGCAGAGUCUAUGAUAUCAACGGUGCUGUUCGUGAUAUCAGCGUUUUUUUGAAUGGUAAAAGUUUGAGAAUCAGAACGUUCAAAAAUUACGUUGAGCUUUUCGUCAACUCCUUGGAAAAGAAACGGAUUGCUGAGGAAGGAGGUGACACAGAAUCUGUAAAGACUCCACCGAUAGUGUAUGAAAAGUUUAAUGAUCGAUGGGAAGUUGCGUUUGCUGUCUCCGAUAUCUCCUUUCGUCAAAUUUCGUUCGUCAAUUCAAUUGCUACCACCACUGGCGGGACUCAUGUUUCCUACGUGACAGAUCAAAUCAUAAAGAAAAUCAUUGAGGAUCUCAAGAGGGGGAAGCGAAAGAAGAUGGUGAAACCAUUUCAAAUCAAAAACAAUAUGUUUAUCUUUGUCAACUGUCAGGUCGAGAAUCCUGCUUUUACAUCUCAAACUAAAGAGCAGCUCACGACUCGGGUACGUGAUUUUGGUUCUAAAUGCGAUAUAAAAGAUGAAUUUGUGCGGAAAAUCAUGAAAACGGACAGAUUUCUGGAUAAAAUUUUAGAAAUUGCAGAUCAAAACGAGGACAAGGCCUUUCAAAAGACCGAUGGGAGCAGAAAAUCCAGAAUCACUGACUACCCUGCACUGGAAGAUGCAAACAUGGCUGGAACUAAAAACGGUCAUAAGUGCACCCUCGUAUUGACAGAGGGGUUGUCAGCCCUGUCGUUAGCGGUUGCAGGACUUGCGGUUGUCGGGCGGGAUUAUUAUGGAUGUUAUCCAUUAAGAGGUAAAAUGUUAAACGUUCGUGAAGCAAGUUCUGAGCAAGUUACGAAAAACGCCGAAAUUCAAGCUAUCAAGAAAAUUGUGGGAUUACAGCAUAAAAAAAAAUAUGAAGACACGAAAAGUUUGCGAUAUGGUCAUAUCAUGAUCAUGACAGAUCAAGAUCAUGAUGGAUCUCAUAUCAAGGGCCUGAUUAUCAAUUUCCUGGAGACCUCAUUCCCUGGGUUGCUUGAUAUCCCAGGUUUUCUGGUUGAAUUCAUUACACCUAUUGUUAAAGUGACUAUUACUAGGCCGAGAAAGCAGGUUAUUUCGUUUUACAAUAUGCCCGAUUAUGAAAAGUGGAGAGACGAAGAAAGCCAUAAAUUUUCUUGGAAGCAAAAAUAUUACAAAGGUUUAGGAACUUCGUCUUUACAAGAAGCAAGAGAAUAUUUCUCUGAUCUUGACCAACAUUUGAAAGAGUUUCAUACUCUUAUGGGUGAUGACUCAAAGUUGAUCGAGCUUGCAUUCUCAAAAAAGAAGGCUGAUGACAGAAAAGAGUGGCUGAGACAGUACGAACCUGGAGAUGUUUUGGAUCCCAAAUUGACCGAGAUUCCGAUUAGUGACUUCAUCAAUAAGGAAUUAAUCCUCUUUUCUUUGGCGGACAAUAUACGCUCUAUUCCCUCUGUCAUGGACGGAUUCAAACCCGGUCAGCGUAAAGUACUUUACAGUUGUUUUAAAAGAAAUCUUCGAUCAGAAAUUAAAGUUGCUCAGCUCAUUGGUUACAUUUCAGAACAUACGAACUACCAUCACGGUGAACCCUCCUUAGCUCAAACCAUCGUUGGGAUGGCUCAAGAUUUCGUGGGCUCUAACAAUAUUUAUUUGUUGAAACCUAAUGGUGCUUUCGGUACAAGAGCAGCGGGUGGUAAAGAUUCGGCCGCGACCAGAUAUAUUUUCACCGAGCUCAAUAAACUAACUCCGCAGAUCUUCAAUCCACUUGAUAGUCCCUUACUCAACAACCUUGAAGAGGACGACAAAAUCCUCGAACCGGAAUGGUACGUUCCCGUAAUUCCAAUGAUCUUGGUGAACGGAGCAGAAGGUAUAGGGACGGGCUGGAGCACAAACAUUCCGCCUUUCAAUCCUUCGGAUUUAGUCAAAAACAUAAGAAGACUUCUGGCUGAUGAAGAGAUGGAGGACAUGGUCCCAUGGUUCCGCGGCUGGGGUGGAAGUCUGGAAAAGAUUGAUGCACAGAGGUACAGAAUGUACGGAAGAAUUGAACAAGUAGGAGAGAAUAUGGUAGAAAUCACAGAAAUGCCGGCCAAAACGUGGACGGCAACCAUAAAAGAGCUUCUCUUGUUGGGUUUUGGCGGUAAUGAAAAAGUAAAGCCUUGGAUUACCGAUAUGCAGGAGAAUCAUGGAACAGGCAUCAAGUUCACAGUGACGCUUCGACCAGAAGAAAUGGAAAGAACGCGGAAAAUAGGAUUUUACGAAAGAUUUAAAUUAGUUUCCACAAUCAAUAUGGGAAACAUGGUCGCAUUUGAUCCUAGUGGGCGUAUUAAGAAAUAUGAAAACGUUAAAGAGAUUAUGUGGGACUUCUAUUUCGUUCGUCUAGAGUACUAUCAAAGGCGUAAAGAUUACUUGACAGAAAAGCUCCAAUGGAUUGUAGAGAAGCUCUCACAACAGGUGAGAUUCAUCAAGAUGAUAAUUGAAGGAAAGUUGAUUGUCAGCAAUAAAGCUCAGAAAAUUCUAUUGAAGGAAUUGGAGACUUUAGGAUUUCCAAGAAUCAAUAAGGAUGGCAAACCACACUACGGCGAAAUAGAUGCUCAGUCGAAAGAAGUUCAGGAAAACGUGCCAGACAAGGAUAGUGAUACCGAAGAUCAGGAUGACCUCGAUACCGUCAAUGGCCCAGAAGAAAAAUAUGGUUCUUUUGAUUACUUGCUUGGGAUGAAAAUCUGGUCGUUGACUAGAGAGAAAUACGAGAGACUUUUGAAACAGAAGCAAGAAAAGGAGGUUGAACUCGAAGAGCUGCUAAAACUAACCGCCAAAGAUUUGUGGAACAAAGACCUCGACGCUUUCGAAGAAUCUUAUGGAGUCUUCAUGGCUUAUGACGAAGCGAUCCGGAACAACAUAGUUCCAGAUGCCGCUUCAAAACAAAAGGGGAAGAGGAAACGGAAAUCCGCUAAGGAUGAUGAUUACAAUCCUGCAGAGAAGAAGCGCAAGACAAAGGUGGCACCUGCCAAGAUUAAGAUAGAAGAGCCCGCUUUUGAACGAACUCUCAUCGAACAAAAAAUCAUUGAGAAGCAGAAGAGAACUCCAAAGAUAAAAGAUGAGAAUCAGCAGACGCUAGAUGGCAUUUUGACGAAGGGUAGUAAACCUCAGCGGAAGAAAACGACUAACGUAAAUGAGAGCUCAGAGACACCAUCUUUACCCGAGGAAAAUGCUGAGCUUACAACAGAUGUGACAUCUAACGACAGUGUGCCUGACGAUGAGAUGAGCGUUUUUUCGAACAAGUUCAAGCAGGCCAGUGCACUGUUCGAUAAUCUUGAACCUGGGUCUUCGAAAUCUACCCCAGGUUUGCCAGAGGAUGCUGGGAAAGACGUAAAUUUUACGCCCAAGCCAGAAAGAGCAACGGGAAACAAAUCGAGAACCCACAAGGUGAAAAAAGAGAGCCCAGAAUCAGAUGGAUGUGACUCGGAGUCGGACGGAACUACUGUUAAUGCUCCCAGGCGUCGCGCUACGCCAAGAGCGAGACCAGCGCGUUCUUACCAAGAAAAUAUCAAUUUUUCGGAUUCAUUUGUCGCCGACGAGGGUGAGUCCGAAAAUGACUCCGAUGGGUCAUUUCAAUUGCAAGACUAA